GCUCAGAAGCUGAAGGCCUUGGAGGAGUUGGAGGUUCUGCAGGAGGAGGGAGCAGUGUCUACAGGACAAGGACAAGGGACCCCGGAGGCCUCUGCCAACCAGCAGCCAUGCACACCUGCCCCUUGACGCCUCACAGCCUGGUCCUCAGGAUGCUUGGGGCCCUCCUGCUCCUGACCACCGCCCUGAGUACUCAGAAUGGAAGGUGGGACAGGCCUGCCUGCACGGAGGGUGUGGUGUCCGUGUCCAGGGGUGGGCGGGCCGUGCUGGCCUGCAACAGCUCCAACGCCUUCACCCACAUCACCGUCCAGCUGAGCGCCCACGGCAAGACCAGGACCAUCUUCAGCGAGGAGACCCCGGGAAGCUUCCUCCAGGGAGGGUGGUGGCUCCAGGUGCGAGGGGGCCAGGCCCGGCUGGUGAUCCAGUCCACCCAGGAUGCCCACCAGGGGCUGUACCUGUGGCAUCUUCAGGGGCUGCAGAGACACAACAAGGAAACCAGGCUGAACAUCUUGGAGGCCCAAGAGCAGGCGACAGAGCCGGGUCCAGUGCUGUCCACAUCUGCCUCCAGUGUUUCACUGCUGUCGCCAGGAGCCAUGGCCUCCAAUGAGGGUGGUGGUAGCUGCUCUCUCUCUCAUCCUGGGCAUUUGUGGUACCAUUGUGCUCACUCAGUGCUGGCUACAAAGUUCCUGGAGGUCCAACCAGGUAGAAGGUCCUGUACCUGCUUGAAGGCAGAUGAGAUUCAGAGCCCUGAGCUGGAACAUGGCAGACUUGAACCCUUGCAGGAGCUCCAAGAAAGAAAAUGGCCAGAGACCCCAGCCCCAGUGUCCCUUCUAGGUCUCCUGCAGAGGUGCCCCGGGGCAUCAGAGCUUUGUGCCUCCUGUAGCACGUUAAAGCUGACCUUCAGAUCUGUUAGUACUCUUCGCUGUUUUGGGCAAGAAGUGACAGAUUUCAGGAGCCGCAAUAACAAGGGGACCUCAGAGAUUGUACCUAAUGUGCAUAUGGGCACCAGGUAGGAGAUGAUGGAGGGGCCUGCCGUGUGGUGGCCCAAACCCUGAACUGAACCUUCCUGUGACCAAGAGGUACAGGCCCAUCUGCCCUGAACACAGGGCCAGAGCUUCCUGGGGCACAUGGGCUCCUGGUUCUGGAGGCUGUGGGCUCCACCAGGUAGUGUCCUGGGCCUCAGCCUUGUGGUGCCAAAGUGAGUGAAGAAUUCCCACUGGGACGGAGGUAACCUGACUCUCUCCUUUUCCUGGGACUGUUGAGGGGGACAUGAUGUGGUCAUGGCUGUCACGACCCUCCCCUUCACUUCCCUUUGCUCCCCUGCGGCUUCCUGAGGAAGAACUGGGCCAGCUUGCCUCAGUGUCCUCCCACCAGCCUUUGGGUUACCUCAUGGCCACUCUGACAAGAGGUGCAGCAGGCUGUUAGCUUCAGUUCCUUCCUGACUCCCACUGCCUUUCUGAAGAAGGAGCAAGAAGGAAAUCCCCCAUGAUGUGGUAGAGCUCAGAGAAGGAUCUGGGCCCACUGUCUACACCCCCAACCUCCCAAGGCCCCAAUAACCUGUGAUGAACACAAGGAGCUCACCUGCAGCUUUCCUGGGUCAGCCCUGCUAUGUUCUGCAGAGGUACAGCAGUGUUAACCAAAUAGCUCGAGUCUGCUAGUGAUCCCAGACACCCUGCACCUACAUGAUAUCUGCCCUGCUUGAAUUUAAACCAAGCAGUGGAAUUGACUUUGGGUCAAUUCUCUCAAGCAGGUCCAGAUUUCGACCAAUCACAGGCCUGCAGCACACCCUUCACACUUUCUUGUUGGUCUUGAAGGGCUCACUCUGGUGCCCUGACACUGUUUUGGGACACAGGUCCUAUCCUAAUAAACCCUCUCUUCAGUGGUCUUAUAAAUCUGCCCAUUACUUGUUUCUGGGGUGGUGUGGGCUCAGAAAUCUACUUGGGGUUCUUGUCCAGACUAGUGGGGGCAGAGUGGUGGAUUUCAAACAAAGAAUUGUAAACACUAAGCAACCAUUCCACCCAGAGACCAGCAACCGGCAGAGUUGACUCCCAGUUUCUGGCACAAGCAACAGCAUCCACAGCCUUAAUGUCAGGGCCACGAGCACAUCUGCACUUUGCUGAUUCAUGAUUUCUACCUGAAUUGAGAAAAGGAACUCUCAGUGGAUUGUAAUGCCACCCCUGUUCUCAAGAGCCAGUUUUUGAGCAUCCGCAAGAUGCAGAACAAGCUUCUUGUGGGUUUUUGGUUUUGCAAUAAAACAAAUGUGAUGGCUUGUUAAUUGGUUUAUUUGGUUAAAGAUUACUAUCAUGGAGGUAUUUCAAAGUACAGAAUGUUACACUAAAGUGGAAAAGCCCUUUUAUUCUAUUUUUAUUUUUCCAACCUGCCCCAUAUAAUAUGGCCUCCUCACUUGUUCGUGGAUGCCGGCAAUUCACUUCCUGGUUCUUCAUCCACGCUGCCAUCUUGGACACCAUGUUUCUGUUUCCUGUUCAACCCCCCUGUUCCCCAAAGUCGUGGGACCUGCCCUUCCCUAUCAAAAACCUACAAUUCUGAUUCUGUACUUCUUGCCUGUAAAAGCCUAAAAAGACCCCAGACCACCAGAGGGCGGGGCCUGGUUUUCUUUGUUGUUGGGAGCCUGGCCAGGACCACUGUAGUAAAAUAAAGCUGUUCACUGCCUCGAAAUCCUGGGUGUUGUUUCUGUGUUUCCGCUUGCUGUAGCAACACACCUAGAAAAAAUUGUUUCUCACUCCUGUGCAAAAGAAAACACUCAAGAUGCAGUUGCAAUAAAAAGGCAAGUGGUUGAUAUAUAAAUGAAUUUUCUGAGACUACAGUGCCUCUAUUUCUGUAACUAUUUCACCUGGACUAUGUAAGCAGUCCUAGGAAUGUAUCCCUAAAUGUGGUUAUUGAAAACCAAAUAGCUGCGUCAGGAUUAAGUACAUGUUAUUUAACGACGAAGAAAAAUAUUCAAGUUUGAAUUAAGUGUGUAGGCUUACUGUCGUUGUAAGUGCCUUUUUCCACAUUAGUCAGUGACUUAAUCUAAAUUCUUAGUGUUUGUAAAGGGUUAAUUGUCCUCCAUCAAGCUGGAUUAAAUAAUUCCAUCCACUCAGAGAAGAUGUGGAAGAGGUAGAUACUGGGUACUACUAGUUCAUAUGUCUUUGAGUCAAUAAAGACCAAUGUCCAUUGUUGAGUUGGUUAUUUUGACAAAUGCUAAAAAUAAUCUUUGAGAUAAAUCAGUAAUUCUAUUCAUUAGAAGAUCACAGGAUAUAUCCACUUUUCAAGUUAGAUGGGUUUUACUGUGGGGAAGAUAGAUUAAAAUUAUACCAUAUGUUAAGUUGCAUUUAAGUCUAUAAAAGAAUGGGUAGAGAAAUCUACACAAUAUAUAAUUUGCCCAAAUUAGUUUUCCUUUGGGGGAAAGAAUUUCCAAAACAAUUUUUCUCAUCAGUUGAAAAGUCCUUCAGAAAGAGAACUAUUGGGAAACCAUGGUUUGUGGUGGUGGAAAAGAAAAGCUCCCUCAGUUUUUGGAGGGAAUAACUUUAAAAAUACUUAAAUGGUUAAAUAUACUUGGUACAGUUGAAAAUUAAACUUUUCAAUUUUAACAUUGCUAUUACAUCUGAAAUAAACUUAUGUGAUGUUCUGGUAAAAAAA